UCCUCUUCAAGGCCCUUCAGCAAAGGUGCCCAUCAGCGGCAAAGGCCCUCCCUUCGAGCCCUAUCUCAGUAGAGGCACCCCAGCACCAUCUACGAAGGGGGCGGAACGAGGCGUGGCAAUUUUUCUAGCCUGAUAAUAGUCAGAUGACAUCUUGGCGUUGAGGUAACCCUUAGCCGUUUCGAUUUUCCCUUCUUCGAAUCAAGCCACCAUGGCGGCGGAGGACAACUCGUCGACGGGAACACUCAAGGUGGAUGAGGAAGAGUUAUUUAGUGUCGAAUCCUGCUGGGUUGAGGCACGAACGACCUGCGACCGCCUGUCAUCGUUAUGUUACGACCUAUCUUAAAUUCCUCUUCCGGUUCCCCCUGCUCUAGCAAAUCAUCAUACUACGAUUCCAUGUAUCUGGAGAUCAAGACGAAUCAAGGAAAUUUCAGGUGUCAUCACCUUGCUGAAAACUGGUUGUGUUUGAGCUGUAAAGAUGUUUUCUGCAGUCGUUUUAUCAAUAAGCACAUGGUGAACCAUCACCAAGAAAUUGGGCACUGCCUUGCUUUGAGUUUCAGCGAUCUAUCAGUUUGGUGCUUUAACUAUGAUGCAUAUAUGGAUGUUCAGAUGAUCAGGCAACUAUGGCCUAUUUAUGAAGUUACCCAUCUGCUAAAAUUUGAGGAAUUGACAAAGUUGGACGAAAAGCUUAAGCUCACUGAAUCACUAUUGGAAAGCAAGAAUCUUGAAAUUAAGAAGAUAAAUGAUGAGAAGAAAGCAGCCUUGGCUACUCAAUUUGCAGCAGAGGCAACACUUUGAAAAGUUUAUGCAAC